AUGAAGAUAUUUGGCUUAGGAAAUAAGACGGCCAAGCUGCCCUCAGAGGACUCCAACAAUCUGAGGAUUUCCCAGGCCAGUAUACAUACUAAAAGAGGCGCACCGCCUGGAUACCAAAUAAGGGACAGAGAUCUCAGAAAGAUCCACCGCGCUGCUAAUGAGGGUAAAGUGGCGAAGGUUCAACAGAUUCUUUUGGUGGGCAAGAAUGGGUUGAAUGACACCGACAAAAGGAAGAGGACUGUGCUACAUUUGGCCUGUGCCAAUGAUCAUGUAGAAGUGGUAACUCUCCUGGUAGAGAGAAAAUGCCAGCUUAACCUCUGUGAUGAUGAAAACAAGACAGCUCUGAUUAAGGCUGUACAGAGCCAGGAAGAGGAAUGUGCAACUAUUCUGCUGAAACAUGGUGCUGACCCGAACCUGAAGGACUCCGAUGGCAACGCUGCCCUGCACUAUGCUGUCUGUGAGGAGAAUAUAUCAAUAGUCACAAAACUGCUUUCACACAAUGCUGAUACUGAAGCAAGAAAUAAG